CACGGCCCACGACAUCUUGCCAUCAUCGAUAAAGAGAUAUCUCCCCCUCCUCCUCCUCCAGUUUUCUUCUGGUCCAGUCACGGCUCCGAUCUUCACCCUACCAUCCUAGCAUCAACCGCUACCCUCUCUCCGCAGCCAGUCAUUGAUCGUCCCGGACGCCCAAAAAUAUACACCCGUCCACUUUCGCCUCACGCAUGCAAUUGCAAGACUAGAGACGACACUCCUGCAUAUCUGUCUUGGUACAGCGCCGUCUUGAGAUCGCCCUAGCGUCGGGUUACACUUUGCCUCUGCCGUUGCCACAGACUACAAAACUCGCCUCAUCCCUCCUCUCACUCAAGAUGGCCUCCUCCGAUACCAAGCACGACUACAACAUGGAGGCUGGACUACUGAGCACACAUGGAGAGGAGAGGAUGUUGACGAAGGAGGCCCAAUUCCAGGACUCGGAGCUCACCAAUUCCCGUGAUGGCACCCGGACUAUCUCAUGCGCACGACGGGCUCUCAUUGCCUUGGCAGUUGUCUGUCUCGUCGGUGUUGGUCUGGUUUCCCUUGGACAUGGCGUCUGCCCUGGCCAUCUCCGCCAUGCCGUGAACGGAGACAUCAGUGUCAAGGACGCUAUCCACAGCCACAAGCCCAACCUGUCUGACUCCAUGGCCCGGCUGGCGAGACGACAGGACAACCUCACCCCAGGUGCUUCCUCCAACACCGGCUCGGGAGAGUCUUCAACCGUUGUCACGGAGCCUACGGCCGGCCCUACCGACGCCAGCACAACCGACCAGUCUUCGGAAACCAUUGCCCAGGCCAGCCAGACCAGCGACACGAGUGAGCCUCCAUCCGCGGCUUCGGGGUCCGAUGAACCCUCUAACACAAACACAGACCAACCUAGCAGCACCGCGGCCCAGGAAACUACCAGCCAGGAAGCCUCUACCUCUAGCGAGGAUACUCCCUCGUCUACUGAGCAACGUUCUUCCGAGGCCACCACCAGCAACGCUCCCUCCAGCACAUCCGCUGAGACCACCGCCGAAUCUCAAUCCAGCAGCCAGGCCGAAUCCACCACUGACUCCGGUACGUCCACUUCGGAAGCGGAACCUUCCGAAACCUCUUCCUCCUCUCCUAGUGAAACAGCCUCCAUCUCCUCUUCUAUCACUGAUCAGGCUUCAUCCACCACGUCGGAUUCAACCAAGGAGAAGACCAUCACCACCGGUACGAGAACCACCUCUAGCGCUGUGAAGAAGACCUUCACCGCGACCAUGGAGAACGGCGGUAUCACCACUCUCACUUCGACAUCCUGGGUCCAAGUUGUCCCCAACUCCCAGUCCACCUCCGCCAGCGAUGCCAGUCUGCAGAAUGCGGCUUCUUCGUCCUCCAUUUCCGGCGUCCUCUCUGCUGUCAUCAGCAUGAUGUUUGGCGGUCUCCUGCUCCUAUGAGCAGCAACAACAUCAGAGCAUCCAUCUUUAUCCAUGUGCGCGCGGCAUAGCAUACCCGGCUGGGAUUUUGCGAGCGAGUUUUAUAACAUCGGGCUCUAUUUUAACGA